CAUUUACAUUUACAUGAAGUAGAUUAUCCAUAUAAUAAAAUAACACAUAGAAAUUAUCAUCAUGGCCAACAGAAAUAUUUAUCUAUCUCAUCUAAUUUACGUUUAUACCAUUGUAUGUCUAAUACGUCUACAGUGGAUACACCUAGAAAAUUUAAAAUUCAGUUCCAAAUAUUAGAUAAAUAUGAGUUAAAAGUUGGUCAUGUUGAUGAAAAUUUAGGUGCUAGUGUUGGAUGGGUGAAGUCUCCAAACUUUCCCAAUGGUUACGCCAUGAAUGGAGAAACAUUUUCUUUUUUAUUACAAAAUCUUGAUCCAUAUGGUCAUGUACGGGUAGUUUUUGAUGAUUGGGAUAUUGCACCAGAUAGCCAGGUUAAAGUAUAUGAUGGUUUAAAUAUAGAUUCCCCAUCAAUAGUAUUAAAUUUAAAUAACAGACCUGUAAUACUAUCAGAAAGUAAUACUAUAUUUAUUGUAUUUAAUACUGGUACUAGUAAAUUACCAUGCUGUCAAUAUUCAGGAUUUAAAGCUGCUUACCAAUUUGUCUCAGAAAAAGUAUGGACAGAGCAACCUGUAACAGAUUGUAGUAAAAUAUAUCCUAUGAAAUCUGGUGGUACAAUUGAAUUUUCUGGUCUAGCCUCUGCUUUUCCGACAUAUUUUGAUUGUGUGUGGAUAAUAAAACGUGAAAUUAAAACAGACAAUCAACCUGAUGGAGUUGUAUUAAGAAUUGGUGAAGUUCUGUUAGGUGAUGGUUGGAUACAGUAUAGUAAGAGUAAUAAUUUAGAGAUAAGAGAUGGUGUAACAUCAGAAGGAAAGUUAUUAAAUAAAUAUACCUAUGAGAAUCUGAGUGAUGUUAGUCCUAUAUCUACCACUAGUAAUGGUUUCUAUAUUAGACUACGUGGGUCUUUCUACAGUACCGAUAAAUUAAAUUUCAUUUAUACCACUUAUAAAAAUGUUACACAAGAAGGAUGUCCAGGCUACUAUGAUUUUCUGUGUAGCAAUUUAUUAUGUAUUGAUCAAGAAUUAAUGUGUGAUAGAGUAAACCAUUGUGGAGAUGGUUCAGAUGAAAUUCCUAUCUUAGAUUGUUCAGCAUCAGCAUUAUGGAAAUUAAGUUUUAAAUGGUCUGUCCCAGAUUUUAUUGGUGAAUUAUCAACAAUAAAGAGUAUUAAAACUGAGAGACCAUGUUAUCGAGGUUUUAUGUGUGUUAGUGGUAGAGAGUGUAUAGCCAAAUCAAAACGAUGUGAUGGUAUUAGAAAUUGUAUUGAUGGCUCAGAUGAACAUAGAUGCUAUGCAAGAGCUGCUAAUUCAAGUCAGCAUAAUUUUCAGCUCAACUCAUUAUUGAUAUUGAUAUUAUUAUUAUUAUUAUUUAUAAACAAAUAUGUGAUAUGUUAA